AUGAAGAGAGACCAAGACUUAAUGAGUAGAACUAAGGUGUGUAGACGCAUGUACAAACUCCCUGUUGAUUUUUUCAAGCUAGGGGACCAGGUGCGAGGCAAAGUAGUGCAGGUAGAGAAUCACUUGAUUAAGCUAGACAUAAACGCCAUUAAUUUUGCACACCUCUACAUUAAACGGUACUUUGAAGACAAGGCACAACUGAGGAAAAAGUACGAGGUGGGAAAGCACAUCGAUGUCGUCAUAUGCUACAUCCACAAGAAGAAUGGGAUCAUUCAGGUCACCGACAAUGAAGAAGAAAUUAAGGCGCUGCGUCGGAGCUUGCAGAAGUUGAGCGACGCAGGGUUUUUGCGGGCGCGCACUGGGGAGAGGGCAGGCGGGGCAACAGGCGAGAGGGAAGGUGGGACAGCAGGCGAGGCGGCAGAUUGGACAACAGGCGAGAGGGAAGGUGGGACAACAGGUGAAACGGCCGGUGGGACAGCAGGCGAGACGGCAGAUUGGACACCCGGCGAGACGGCAGACUCGAAGGGGGACUCUCCGGGCGAAGCGCGAAACGAGUCCGUGGCGGGGCCCCCAGAAGGCCCCUCAGAAGACCCAGCCCCGAACCACACGAACCUUCCCCCCGAGAACAGCGGCAACAGCGGAAGCAGCGGUAGCAGCGGUAACAGCGGUAACAUCGGUAACAUCGCUAACACCGCUAACACCGCUAACACCGCUAACACCGCGAACACCCCCCCUGAGGAGGUGAAGAAAAAGCUGGGCGUGGACUUCCGAACCAACGAGGAGGAGGAAGACCUCAUGUACAUCAAGGAGGAAAGCCCAUCCAAGAGGAAAAAAAAAAUUACGCACUACAAGGUAGAAGACACCGUAAGUGGAGUAGUCCAGCACAUAAACGAAGAAGGGGCCUACAUAGACAUCGGAUGCAAGACGUUGGCCUUCCUCAACCUGGGUCACUACAAUAGGGACCCUAAGUCACUAGUCAAAGAUGUGAAGAAAAAAAAAAUUUCCAUCGGAGAUCACCUAAAAAAUUUAAAAGUAAGAAAAAUAGACAUCCUCAGUAACAGAAUCGAAGUCACCCUAUACAGUCAGGAGGAGGAAGCAUGUUUACGUGUUCUAAAUCAACAGGAGACCAUAAAGGAACAAAACCAAUACAUGCCAUGUCCAUCCUACGUCACACACAACUACCACAUGAUUAAUUACUUAAAAAAAUAUAACGAACUGAAAAAGCAGAAGAAAAAAAACGUGCAUAAUUUGUUCGAUAAGAAAGAACAACUAAAUAAAUUAAAAAAGGUUUCCCAUUUGAAGAAGAGCCAGUUCGCUCCUUUCAUGAUGCGUUAUAAUGAACUCACCUCACCCAACAGUAACUACCAAGAUAUGCUAGAACAGCAGGCAGACAAUGAACAGUUCUUACAAGAAAUCGGUGCACUGCCCAACCCAGACGAUGAACAAGUCGAACAAAAAUUCAGUCUAGAAUCGCUGAAGAAGCAAAAUAAAGCUUUAAGAGACGAAAUUGACCAAUUUAGGAAGGGUUCUUCCAACAGGGAUACCACAGAUGAAGGUGGAAAUAACCACAGGGAGGUGGAAUCCUCAUUCGGAUCGACAGAAAUAAUUCAACAAAAUUUGAAUAAAUUUUUUAAAAGCAAUUUGCAGAAUUUAGAUGGAUCCGUGGAGGAUUGGUCUACUGACAGGAACACUGAAGGGUGGGAGGAGGAACAAACCAUACCCAUAGAAGACGACGCAGAUGAUUUUUUCCGUCUCUAUCAUGAACGUGCGAACCAGAAACUAAGGAACAAACGAGACGAUAGUGUUUUGGAUGGAAACAAACAAACGUUAAUGUACCUAAAGGAUAACAUUCGCAGAAUUAAAGAAAAUGUACUAAGUGAGGGGGAAACGAAAACUGAUGUGAAAACGAAUCGUGGUGAAAAGGGGAGCAGCACAUCCCGUGAAGCCUCACGUGAGAUGCUACAACGGUGGAACCAAGCUCUAAGGGGAGAUCCUCAUAAAAGGGAAAGCGCUACACAUGAUGGACUGGGUGCGAUGAAGGACUCCGCGGGGGGGGGACAGCCCGACUGGGCCAGGUACUUGGGCGAAGCGGAUGAGGAAGAGGAUGAGGAGGAGGCCGAUGAGGAAGGCGAAGACGGCCACUACGGCGAGGCAGGCCAUGAGGGUCGAACCCCAGGACAGUAUCCCCACCACGCCCAGGGGAAAGUCAAACGAACAGACCUUCACUACAUAAACGAGAAAGAAAGAAAAAAAAAGCUUAAAAGGAGGAACAUCUUUCGGGAAGAUGAACAAGUGGGGGCGGGCCGCGGAGGCUACGGCGACGGCGACGGUGACGGUGGCAGUAACAGUGGCAGUAACAGUGGCAGUAACAGUGGCAGUGACAAACUCGGGGGGCAUUUCCUGCACGGAAGGGAUGACCCCCACGGGGGGACCCAAAACACUGACGAGCAUAGCGCGGACGAUGAGCAUAGCGUGGACGAUGAGCAUAGCGUGGACGAGGAGCAAGGCGAUGGCGAGGCCGGAGAACGCUCCUUCUUCAACGUGAAAAAAGAACUUAAACACAUCUUAAGCCAAAAUCUAAGCAUGAACCUCCCGAAGGACGAAGAAAAAUGCAUAGAGGAAGCAUCCAAGCUCUUUGGAGAUGACAUCAAAACGUGGAAUGAAAAAAUGUAUUACUAUUUUGGGGAUAGAGAUCAGGUUCCCCUUGACGGGUUCGAUAUUUAUGAUGAGGAGGAAUUUAGAGACAAUCUAGUGGAUAAAGGGGUCCAAGAGUUUAGCGAGUAUCAUAAGCUGCUCGACGAGCAGCAGUUUGACGUGACCAGCGAGAGGGACUUCUUGGGUGCCACGUAUGGUGGUGCGGUUCAAGACAAACUGAGUGAAGACCUCCCGGAGGAUAAUCUCGAAAAUUAUUUGAACACCUUCGUGGAUGAGGAGGGUGAGCGGAAGCAGCAGGAUGAUCCGACGAACGAACCGCAGAAUCGACCGUAUAAACAAGUGCAGGCAAAAAAGCACACACAUAAGUGCGUCCCCGAUUUACACCCCACAGAAGAAAACAUGAUAGGAGAGAGGACCCACGAAAGAUCAACCGCCCGGAGGGAUGAGACGGACUCGGUGAAAUUGGUGGACUCGCCGAACUCGCUGAACUUGCUGAACUCGCCGAACUCGCUGAACUCGCCGAACUCGCUGAACUCGCCGAACUCGCUAAACUCGCUGGACUGCCUAGAAAAGGGAGGCACGAUUCAACCCAGUGGUGACGUCGAGAUGGAAAAAGGGGACCCAAACCAGAGUGCAGAUUCCCCCACUGAGAAAGAAAUAAAUGUCGACGAAAUUGUGAAGAAGGCCAUAAAUAUUGGGAACCUGUUCAGAAGGAAGGAGCUGGCAAAGUUGAUGCAAAGGAGGAAGACCCAAGAGUGUGAAAGGGGGGGCAGUACUGAUGCAGGUGGUGAGAAGUUCCUCCGUGGAGGAGAUGAUCGGUGCAACCCUGCGCAGGGACUUGUGGAAGACCCUCCAAGCAAGCCCUUCCUAAGAGUUAGCAAAAUUGUGAGGCAGGGCGAAAAGGAGAAGCAAAAUAAAAACGGAAAGAGCCACGUUGAGGAUGACGACCUCGGAAGCAGCCUACAGGAGGACCAUGACGAAUUGAAGCCAUACAGACACGCAUCCUACGAGGUGCUAGGAUACUACAAAAGGAAGAGAAAAAUUAGAAACUUUAACGAGUUGGAAGCAAUCGAUGUAGGAAGUGAUGAGGAAGUCAUUUUAAACGACCAAGAUUUGUUGGGUAAGUCCAGUGAGGAUAUACAAAGUGCUAAUAAGAAUGACCUCCAUGAUGAAAGGAAGAAAACCGAAUUUUUGAAUCUAGAUCGACAAACGGAUCUACUCUGCCUACAUGGACAGGAGGACAAUGUAACGAGAGGAAAUUACGUGGAGAAAUUACUAGGAGAAGAAAAAUAUAAAAACAAAAAUGCCAAUAAGGAGGAAAUAGAUUUCCUUAUUCAGAAUUACAGAUAUGUGAAUGAACACCCUGAUGAGCUUAUUCAAGAUUUUUAUAACACCAAGGAGGGGGAGAAAAACACAGCUAUCGAUCUGUCAAAUGGAGACAUCACCGAUGUGGUCAAUGAACCAAAUGGAGAAGUGAAAAAUCGACAAAGGGGAAUACCAAACGAUGGUCUGUACAAAACGGAAAAGGGCAAAACACUUACAACAAUAAGAAGCCCAGCCAGGGAAAAAACACACACUACGAGGGAAAAAACACACACUGCGAGGGAAGAAGCACACACAGCGCGGUCAACUGACUUUAACAUAAAACGAACAAACGGAAUCGAUACAGAAGCGAAUCACUUGUCUGAUGAAAGCAUAGCCCUCAGAUCGUGGUCCUUAAAAUUGGGGCUUCUAAAAGAAAAACACAUGCACCUUGAUGACCAGGCCCUGAUUAACCUCUUCGUGAGGAAUCACAAAUUUAGAAGAGCCUUAAAAUUCUAUGACAUUAAAAAUGUGGAAAAUAUUUCCAUACCGCUCAUUUAUAAAAUCACCAAGCUGCUUUAUUUUGAGCGGCCUUUCCCUAGGAAGGAGCAAUCGCGCAAGUUGAAUAUGGAUUAG